AUGUUACAAUCUCCGCUCGAAGACUCUGAGCUCGAAUCGUGGGCAUUGUCAGCUAAGAGAAUGGGAGUUAUCCUGGCAGAGUAUAUCUGCGAUAUUACCAUUCAUGCUGACCUGGACAAAACUCUUCAGCAAGCAUUGGUGGAAAUGCCGCCCGUCCACGGAGUCAUUCAGGCUGCUAUGAUGCUUAAGGAUAUUGUAAUUUACAACAUGACAUAUACAGACUUGUCAGCUGCUGUGCGACCUAAAGUUUUAGGUUCGUCGAACCUGCAUAAUACUUUUCUGACACAGCGUUUGGACUUUUCAUUACAACUGCACUGGUUUCACCGUCCACAGCAACUUCUUUCUAUGGAUUUGACGGAUAUUUCGCAGUCGCAACACUUUGCAGAACUGGACGGAUUCUUUGGGCGCAGUCGAGCUGCGAAACUGGAUCAGCAGGGAGAUGAAGCAGUGGUACAAAUGCUAAAAGUGCUACAGCCUAUACCUAUAAAUCGUUUCACAAUCCUCUCGGCGAGUAGAAGUCUGCUGGUCAGCUUUUGUAGUUAG